GUAGUGUCAGCUGACUGCGGCUCCAGGACCCAGUGGAUCCUCCGUCGACCUUCUGGGCUCAUCUGCUCCGGUGUUGGGAUCUGCUCCGGUGUUCGGUUCGGUUCGGUGUGGCUUGUGCUCCCCGUCAUGGCCUCCCAGUCCCAGGGCAUCCAGCAGCUGCUGCAGGCGGAGAAGAGGGCGGCCGAGAAGGUGGCCGAGGCCCGCAAGCGUAAAAACCGCCGUCUGAAACAGGCGAAGGAAGAAGCUCAGGCUGAGAUCGAACAGUAUCGACUGCAGAGAGAGAAGGAGUUUAAGACCAAAGAGGCAGCGGCCCUGGGUUCCCAUGGUAACAGUGCGGUGGAGGUGGACCGUGACACUGCUGAGAGGAUGGGCCGUAUCCAGGCCAGUUACCGUGGCAACAGGGAGACGGUUCUGGGCGAGCUGCUGCGGCGCGUCUGCGACAUCCAGCCCGAGUUCCACGCCAACUACCGCGUGGCUGGGUGAAGGGGAGGAGCUGCGAGGGCUGAGGGGGCGGACUCAGAGGAGAAGGUGGGGCGGAGCCAGGGGAGGGGGUUAGCUUAGCAUCGUUAGCUUCAGCCGCAGCCAAAUGUGUUAGUUUCAACAGUUUUUGUUUGUAAACGUUCAAAGUGACAAACGCUGUUUGUGUUGAUGUUUGUGAAAUAUUUAUAUUUAAAUCUGACCAAAUGUCAGAACUCUGUCGUCCAAUCAGGAACCUCAGCUCAUCUGCGCUGAUUGGCUGAACGAGCUCUUCUGCUGAAUCUGUUUGUUUUUAUUUGUUGUUGUUGUUGUGGUCAUGUGACUGGUGUUAAUGCAGAGUAAAUCUAAUAAAGUGAGUGCUGAUUGGCUAAU